GAGGAUCGAGAACCUUCACCUUCAAAGAACUGAAACAAGCAAAGACUUUUUACUGGUGCAAAGUUGAAAAGUUAUUCGAGCGAAGAUUCUGACGCGGAUUAGAUUACUUGUCUGAACUGGUAUUUCUAUAACUAAAAGCGAGGAGAGCUCACAUGGGAGGUUCUCAGAGCGGGCUGGGUGGCCCGCCAGGAGGCGAUGGCGGUGGAAAGAAAGAUGAUAAAAAGCGUAAGUAUGAACCCCCAGUACCCACUCGUGUUGGCAAGAGAAAGAAGAAGUCCAAGGGACCAGACACGGCCAAUAAACUACCCCCAGUUACGCCUCAUGCCAAAUGCCGGCUACGCUUAUUGAAGAUGGAGCGUAUCAAGGAUUACUUACUAAUGGAAGAAGAGCUCAUCCGUAACCAGGAACAUGAACGGCCUCAGGAUGAGAAAAUCGAGGAGGAGCGCUCCAAGCUGGAUCAGCUCCGUGGCUCACCCAUGCCAGUAGGAACCUUAGAGGAGAUCAUUGACGAUAACCAUGCGAUUGUCAGUUCCUCCAUGGGCUCUGAGUACUACGUCAGUAUACUGUCAUUCGUAGACAAGGACCAGCUAGAGCCGGGCUGUACUAUCCUGAUGAACCAUAAGGUUCAUGCUGUGGUCGGUGUUCUGAACGAGGAGACUGAUCCUAUGGUGCGCGUGAUGAAGCUGGAGAAAGCACCGACUGAGUCGUACGCUGAUGUCGGUGGUCUCGAUCAGCAGAUCCAGGAAAUCAAGGAAUCUGUUGAGCUGCCGCUAACUCACCCUGAAUACUACGAGGACAUGGGCAUCAAGCCACCGAAGGGUGUCAUUCUGUACGGACCCCCAGGAACUGGAAAGACACUGCUUGCCAAGGCUGUUGCAAAUCAGACGUCCGCUACUUUCCUGCGUGUUGUCGGCUCGGAGCUUAUCCAGAAAUACUUGGGAGAUGGUCCUAAGUUGGUACGAGAACUCUUCCGUGUUGCAGAUGAACACGCACCGUCAAUUGUCUUCAUCGACGAAAUCGACGCUGUAGGAAAGAAAAGAUAUCAGUCGUCAUCCAGUGGUACGCGUGAGAUUCAGCGGACUAUGUUGGAGCUGCUCAAUCAACUGGACGGUUUCGACUCCAGAGGCGAUGUCAAGGUGAUCAUGGCAACGAACAGCAUUGAGUCGCUAGACCCUGCCCUGAUCCGACCGGGGAGAAUAGACCGAAAGAUCGAGUUCCCCUUGCCGGACGAGCGGACCCGCCGUCGCAUCUUCACCAUCCACACUGGCCGCAUGAUGCUCAGUGACGACGUCAACCUGGAAGAGUACAUCAUGGCGAAGGAUGACCUCUCCGGCGCCGAUAUCAAGGCUGUGUGCACCGAAGCUGGUUUGCUGGCACUGCGCGAGCGACGUAUGCGUGUUACAAACGACGACUUUCAGAAGGCCAAGGAGAACGUGCUCUAUCGCAAGAAGGAGGGCGCACCCGAAGGCAUGUACUUAUAGUGCGGCAGCAGCCCUUUCUUCUGUACUCUCUCUCUCUCUCUCUCUCUCUCUCUCUUUCUCUCUCUCUCUUUCUCUCUCUCUCUUUCUCUCUGUCUCUCUCUCUCUCUCUCUCUCUCUCUCUCUCUCUCUCUCUCUCUCUCUCUCUCCUUUUGAUGUGUGGCCGUAGGCCAUACAUUCGACAACUGCUCCUAAUCCAAGGUUGGAAUGCGGAAUGCUGCCAUCUGAGCUGCUCACCAGGUGCUCAAACCUGCAGAAGAAUGCCUUUGUGUAUAGAUGUGUAUGUAUAGUGUGCCAUGAUCCCACAUUGAACAUUUUUUGCUUAUUGUUUUUCUGCUGUAUUUUACCAAAUCAUGAAUCUCCCGACUUGUGUUGCCAGGGGGAUUUCCCUUCGGCUCAGUCCUUUGAAAACCGUACGGAAUACGCGUCUUGGACGCGACACCAGGCGAGACUUAACACGCUCAAUAUUUUAUUCCUUGUACAUACCGUAGCGCGUGCCGUGUCUCCCUUUUUCCGCUUUCUCCCCUGUUGGUUUUUUUGUUGUUGUUGUGGCUUGGCUUGGUCCAAACCCAUUCACCGUAGCCAUGGCUGUAUAGCAGCUGCUGCGAAUAAUAGUCGUAUUUUUUGUCUUGCUUUUUUGUUACUUGUACAUGUAUGAUCGUGUUUGCGUGUAGUUUUAUUUUAGUCUGGUUUGAAUAGAGAUCACUGUACCGAA